CCGUAACAUGUGAAAGCCGUGUAAUCCUCUCACUAACAUAAAUUUUAAAAUUUUUUUAGGAAUCCCGGUCCUAGUGUAGGUACCGAGUGACAACGGUUUUCCAUCGUGAGAUGUGCUGCGCCGCUGAUGCGCAUUCCGUAAACAGUCGAAUUGCAAUUAUCCUAUAGGCUCUUCCACAGAGAGAUUUGAAUUAUUAUCGUGAAUCACGCGUCGAGCCAAGAAAAAGUCAACAAAUAUAAGAUUCCGGUUUCUCUGCCUUGCCAGGAAUUCCACAACCUUUUCACGCUUUGUUUUUAAGCUUUUCCCAUCGUCGACGCCAACACCAGCCAUGCACAACACCAAGACUCUCGGUUUCCUGGCCGCCGCCCUUGGCGCGGGCUCAUCCGUCGCCCAGACAUUCACCCCAGCACCAGCAUGCGCCUCGCUCGCAGCGGCCCUAGCGGGCCCUGCAGCUCCCGACGAGAUCCAAUCUUUCCUAGACGCUCACGAGACAGCAGCUCCUGCGGCCGGCGGCAUCUUAAGGGACCCUGAGGCCUACGUGUCGGAGCUCUGCGGGAUAGCCGUGGAUCUGCCCGAGACAUUGUUGCCCGAGUUCUCGGGCUGGGGCGCUGACCUUCUUAGCUUUGCCGGCGAGAGGAUCGUGACGUACGACGAGGUCGUGACCAUGUGCAUCACGACGGGCACAGCCGCUGCUUCUAUCACCAGCUACCUCCACUCUAUCGUGUCGCAUCCUGACGACCUGUGUAAACCUACCUCUACUGCUAUCCCGACGUGGGGAAACAGUACGGCCUCCGGUACCAUCACGCCUUACCCCACGGCUACGCCCACAGGCAACACUACCAUUCCCGGAACCACGUCAAUACCCGUCGCGGCGGCCGCUAGACCUACCGGAGUCCUGAUGGGUGCUAUCGCUAUGGGCGGCAUCAUCGGUGCCGCAAUCCUGCUAUAAUAAGGAUUUGUGUCUGACCUUGGAACGGAGUUGUUAGCUGAUACGCAAUCGGUGCAGCUUGCUUGCUAGCUUCGCCUCUUGAAGGACUAUUGUUCGACAAGUAAACUAAACAGAAUAUAUACUCAGAAUUAAUUGAACUCAAUUGCAUAAUGAGGUAUCAAUCAAGGACCGUGUACCCAGCACUAGUUGAUUCGUAAGAGACGGCUGGGCGAUACAAAUGCUGCAGCGCUAGUGGAAGAACUCUGCAC